AUGUCAUUAAAACUGUUAGAAAAUGGAUCGAUUAGGAGAUCCUUUUGUCAUUUUUACAACGCAGCACGGAAUGUUACAACAAUGGAGGGGACCUCAGGCAACUCCGUCCCAGAUCUUCGUGAGAGUAUGGCUUUGCCUCCAAAUUUCGACUACAGAGUAUGGUUUCCUAUGCAUAUGUCCGUGCAAAUGAAAAAGAUGGAGGGUAAACUACGUUCCGUUGACCUCAUUGUCGAGGUACAUGAGUUGCCGUUUAUCCCAAUCAGUGGAAGAAACUCGACUUUUCUGAAACAGUUCUGCUCAAUCCGACCACACGUGUUGGUAAUGAAUAAAAUGGAUCUCAUCAAUUUGAAGAAGUAUAAGUUUAUUCGACAUUUUGAAGGUGAACCUUAG